GUAGCGUGCACGACGCGUCAUCACCUUGCGCCUCGGGCCUCUGUCUCCACGUGGAUUCGCUGGAGGAACCCGGGGUUGGGCGUCAUGGCCGCGGCCGAGAGUGGGAAGGCGGCGGGAGCCGAGGCGUCGCAGCCCCAGAAGCGCUACUAUCGGCAGCGAGCGCACUCCAACCCCAUGGCGGACCACACGCUGCGCUACCCCGUGAAGCCAGAGGAGAUGGACUGGUCCGAGUUGUACCCGCAGUUCUUCGCCCCCCUCACUCAAAGUCAGAACCACGACGACCCCAAGGAGGAGAAGAACCAGAGACCUCAGGCCCAGGUGGAGUUUGCGGACAUAGGCUGUGGCUACGGUGGCCUGUUAGUGGAACUGUCCCCGCUGUUCCCAGACACUCUGAUUCUGGGUCUGGAGAUCCGGGUCAAGGUCUCUGACUACGUCCAGGACCGGAUCCGCGCCCUGCGUGCGGCCCCCGGAGGCGGUUUCCAGAACAUCGCCUGUCUGCGCAGCAACGCCAUGAAGCACCUUCCUAACUUCUUCCACAAGGGCCAGCUGACCAAGAUGUUCUUCCUCUUCCCUGACCCACAUUUCAAACGCACCAAGCACAAGUGGCGAAUCAUCAGCCCCACGCUGCUGGCAGAGUAUGCCUACGUGCUGAGAGUCGGGGGACUGGUAUAUACCAUAACCGACGUGCAGGAGCUGCACCAGUGGAUGUGCACCCACUUUGAAGGACACCCCUUGUUCGAGCGUGUGCCCCUGGAGGAGCUGAGUGAAGACCCCAUCGUGGGACAUCUAGGCACCUCCACUGAAGAGGGCAAGAAAGUUCUACGCAAUGGAGGAAAGAACUUCCCGGCCAUCUUCCGGAGAGUACAGGACCCCACCCUCCUGGCUGAGGACCCCAAUCCCAGCCUUGCUGGUCACUGACUGCUUAUCCUGUGCUGAGUCACAUCUUCCAGGCGCUGGGAGGACACUCAGGCCCCCUGGGCCUCCCCAGCGGGGCCUGCAAGAAACAGCAACCUCCCACCAAGAAGUUAGGGGCAGCCCCGGACAGAACCCUCUGUUUACAGCCACCCCAGCUCCUCUCACCUCCUAGUCUCUUCACAGCCAGCAGAAAGUGGAAGAAGCUCAACGGGAAAGUUGGAGGACCUUGGACCCAGAGGGCCCAUGGGGUGGGGGUGCCUGAGGCAUGGGGUCUUGCUGUCCUUUAGCACACCCUUCCCCUGUGGGAUGCGUCAUUCCAUUUUCUAAACUGCCUGCUAGGCACAAACCA